CUUGGACCUAUCAUUGAACAGGGUGCAAUUGUCUGGACCAACUUCUUAUCGAACAAGGGCACGAUGAUGCAGGUUACCUGGGUACAUCAUGGAUGUAUCUAUGCCGGGGCCCCACUCGCGGCGACGUCAAGUACUUAGGUACCCGACUAAGAGAAUGAAUGACUCUUCAAGCUUCACUUCCCAAGUCUUUCGCUCCCCAUGACUCUGCCACUUCUUGUACAGUCUUCAGAACUAGUUACCAAGCGAUCGCCAUCUAGCACUUCUCUAUUCUCUCCGUCUGAACGGGCAUUGGGUGUUUCGCAUUGGGCGUUGGUGUUCGAGAUCGAUUUGCACAACGGCUUUGGGAGACAAUGACCUCGGACGCCACAAACGGCCAGGCCGGAAGCGGCAGAUAUGAAAGAAUCACUUCGCAGGCGGAGAACCCGUUCGCGAGUCUGAUCCCAGACCAGCAAAUCGCUAUCAUACCCUCUUUCACCCUUGAAUCCGGUGUUACCCUACAGAAUGUGCCUGUUGCGUAUACCACCAAGGGCAAAUUGUCUCCCAACGGCAACAAUGCCAUGGUCAUUUGCCAUGCCUUGACGGGCAGUGCCGACGUCAGUGACUGGUGGGGCCCGCUACUUGGUGGCCACGGGAGGGCCUUCGAUGUAUCCCGCUUCUUCGUGGUCUGCAUGAACAGCUUGGGCAGUCCCUACGGCACCGCCAGCCCGGUGACAGCCAAGGACGGGAACGUGGACAACGGCAGAUAUGGCCCUGAGUUCCCACUCACCACCAUACGCGAUGAUGUCCGCCUCCACAAGCUGCUUCUUGACGACCUUGGUGUCAAGCAGGUCGCCGCUGUCGUCGGUGGGUCUAUGGGCGGUAUGCUAGUGCUCGAGUGGGCUUACUUUGGAAAGGACUAUGUUCGCUCUAUCGUGCCCAUUGCAACGUCAAGUCGCCACAGCGCCUGGUGCAUCAGCUGGGGCGAGGCCCAGAGACAGAGCAUCUACGCAGACCCCAAGUACGACGACGGGUACUACACCUUCUCAGAUCCACCAACCACUGGGCUUGGGGCAGCUCGAAUGUCAGCUCUCUUGACAUACCGCAGCCGCAACUCAUUUGAGACCCGCUUCGGCCGCAACAUCCCAGACCCAUCUAGGCGCCAGACGAUUAGGGAGAUCCCGCGGCCCACCACGCCGUCAGAGGCUCAUUUCAAUAUCCAUAACGACGGUCACAAGAUCAACCGACCUGUGAACUCACGCAGGGCCAGUCAGAACAGCCAAGGCGGCGAAGGGAGCCGGGCAAAGGCCGCGGCUGAUGCGGCUGAACAGGCAUCAGACCCUCAAUUUCAUGGGCCGAAGUCUGAGAGUGUUAGUGGGGGCGACAAUGUGCCGACAUCCCACUAUUUCUCAGCUCAGUCCUACCUUCGAUACCAGGGAGAGAAAUUUGUCAAACGAUUUGACAGUAACUGUUAUAUUGCCAUAACCAGAAAGCUCGACACUCACGAUGUAUCGCGAGAUAGGGCGGCCGGUAUCCCUGACGCCCUGGCCCUGAUCGAGCAGCCAGCACUUGUCCUAGGCAUCGAGAGCGAUGGUCUCUUCACCUUUGCCGAGCAGCAGGAAAUCGCCGAGCACAUUCCCAAUUCCAGACUGGGGAAGAUUGACAGUCCUGAAGGCCACGACGCCUUCCUGCUCCAGUUCGAACAGGUCAACAAGUACAUUCUCGAAUUCCUUCACGAAGUUCUCCCAGACAUCAUGCAGAAGGGAGGCAACGACGCGGUUGCUGAGGCAUCCGUGGGCCAACUCACCAAGAGCAGCACAUUUGGCGAAGCCGAAGUUGAAGAUAUUACUGCAUGGUAGCGUGGGACUGCAAGGCGGAUCCGAGUGGCGCCCUGGUUUAGUUGCAAGGUGAGCGAAAGUGCAGGUGAUUUAACAUGUUCAACUCGUGUACAAUCAGCAAUUUUUUGGGUUCAGGGGGGUAUUUGCAUAAAGGCUGGUGUGUUUGGCGUUCAACUCGCCCGUUCUGGCUCCGGGGUCAGGUUAUGAUUUCACGUGUUCAAACAAGUGGUUUUCAGGAGGUAAAAAUGCUGUGUUCAGUCAAUAUCUAAGCUAGCGAAUCACAUUGCUUCGAUUCGCCAAAGCGACACGCCCCAUGUCGAUGAGUCUUGUUUCCGUGUCCGCGGAUGAAGGGAUCACUGUUCAUCUGAAGGCCUGUCAACACCAGACGUUGGAAGUCGGAAAACAGCGAUGAAAUCCGGGUACCCAGUCCCUCUCAUCAACCUUGUUGUUUAAACUUCCCCGUUUGUGGGACGAGUUGGCUGCAGGGGCAAACCUUACAGGCUUGCCCUCCAUGUGCCGGGCCUGGCUUGGCCGAUGGCGCGAGUGUUCCGGAUAGCAGCGGAGACAGAAACAGUCUCCGGGUCGCGUUCGAAAGACCAACGGUCCUAAACGGUCCUGAGCCGCACCGUCGUCAGACUCGGCUCAAUUCAGCCCGCCGUCAGCAAGUUGCCUUGCAGCUCGUGGCGAAAUCGCACCAGGAUAGGGGCCAGGCUGCACACAGCAGAUUGGCAUGGUGAGAGUGGUGCCCAAUGAGGAAGCCGAGGCACGUAUCUGCACGCCGUGAGUGAGCGACAUCCCACGUCAGAUACAGACAGGAGUCCAGCACUGGGACCUCGCCGCAC